CUCGACGCCGCCGAAUUCUACCCAGGCUCCCGCUGCACCAUGUACCGCCUGGUCCGGCUCCUCGCGCGCCCGCGUCGCCUCGCGCGGCCUCCCGGCUCAGCCUCAGCUCCCGGCCUCGGAGGCGCGCCCGCCCUCGCCCCGCGGGCCCCGAACGCCGCUGGAAUGGCAAGCCAGAAUUCCUUUCGGAUAGAGUUUGAUACCUUUGGUGAACUCAAGGUCCCAAAUGAUAAGUAUUACGGCGCCCAGACUGUGAGAUCCACAAUGAACUUUAAGAUCGGAGGUGUGACGGAGCGCAUGCCCAUCCCAGUUAUUAAAGCUUUUGGAAUCUUGAAGCGAGCAGCUGCUGAAGUCAACCAGGAUUAUGGUCUUGAUUCGAAGAUCGCGAAUGCAAUAAUGAAGGCAGCCGAUGAGGUAGCUGAAGGCAAAUUAAACGAUCAUUUUCCUCUUGUGGUGUGGCAGACUGGCUCAGGAACCCAGACAAACAUGAAUGUGAAUGAAGUCAUUAGCAAUAGAGCAAUUGAGAUGCUAGGAGGUGAACUUGGCAGCAAGAAACCUGUGCAUCCCAAUGAUCAUGUUAACAAAAGCCAGAGCUCGAACGAUACCUUCCCCACCGCGAUGCACAUUGCCGCCGCUCUGGAAGUCCACGAGGUGCUGCUGCCUGGGCUGCAGAAGCUGCACGAUGCUCUCAAUGCAAAAUCCAAUGAGUUUGCCCAGGUCAUCAAAAUUGGGCGCACUCACACCCAGGACGCUGUUCCGCUCACUCUUGGGCAGGAAUUUAGCGGUUACGUUCAGCAGGUGAAGUAUGCGAUGACGAGAAUAAACGCCGCCAUGCCAAGAGUCUACGAGCUCGCGGCCGGGGGCACGGCUGUUGGCACUGGUUUAAAUACGAGAAUUGGCUUCGCCGAAAAGGUUGCUGCCAAAGUGGCUGCACUCACAGGAUUGCCUUUUGUCACAGCUCCAAAUAAGUUUGAAGCUCUAGCUGCUCAUGAUGCUUUGGUUGAACUCAGUGGAGCCAUGAACACUACUGCCUGCAGUCUGAUGAAGAUAGCAAACGACAUUCGUUUUCUGGGUUCUGGUCCUCGCUCAGGUCUGGGCGAGCUGAUCUUGCCUGAAAAUGAGCCAGGAAGCAGUAUCAUGCCAGGCAAGGUGAACCCUACGCAGUGUGAAGCGCUCACCAUGGUUGCCGCCCAGGUCAUGGGGAACCACGUCGCUGUGACCGUUGGAGGCAGCAAUGGGCAUUUCGAGUUGAAUGUCUUCAAGCCAAUGAUGAUUAAAAAUGUGUUGCACUCAGCCAGGCUGCUGGGGGACGCCUGCGUUUCCUUCACAGAAAACUGCAUCGUGGGAAUCCAGGCCAACACAGAGAGGAUCAACAAGCUGAUGAACGAAUCCUUAAUGUUGGUGACAGCUCUUAAUCCUCAUAUAGGGUAUGACAAGGCGGCAAAGAUUGCGAAGACUGCGCACAAGAAUGGAUCAACCUUAAAGGCAACGGCCAUUGAGCUUGGCUAUCUCACCGCAGAGCAGUUUGAUGAGUGGGUAAAACCUAAGGACAUGCUGGGUCCAAAGUAAUUUAAAUGAUUUUAUAAUAAAAAUGUUCUACAAAAUAAAAAAUAAUGAAAAAGACUCCUUAUAUUUCUUAAACAAAAAUGGAUGAAUGUGAAAGGAAGCUGCUCCUGAACUUGACUGCGUCUAGCAGAGCACUUGGGUCAGUGUGUAAAACCCCGGGGUGUUCUGGGUCCAAAGUGGAUUUGAAAAGUGUAAAAUGAAAUAAAUUGUAUGCAAUUAAACA